AUGCCAUUCGCCUCUUCCCAGAAGCCCAAUGAGCCAUUGGCCUCACGCGACCAGACCAGCACUGCCAAGGUCUUGACCACAGGAGCAGUCGGUGCAACCUUCUUAGUCUUGUCAGGGUUAACUUUAACCGGCACGGUGAUGGUGCUGAUCUUCACCUCCCCGGUUGUAGUGCUGUUUAGUCCAAUCCUAGUUCCGGUAGGGAUAGUCCUCUUCCUUGCAGCAUGUGGUUUCGUCUUCUCUGGCGGGUGUGCCGUGGCGGCGGUUACGGCACUGUCAUGGUUGUUUAGAUACGCAUCUGAUCACCUCGCUGCCAAGAGAAGGGCUCACGCAUAUGGGGGCUCUUUCGUGCAAAUCGGUUUAUGA